AAGGUUGUAAUUUCUGGUAUGGCGGGGCUGUACCCGGAGUCCCACAGCGUUAAAGAACUCUCAGAUAUACUAUACAACAAGAUAAAUCCAGUAAAUGCCGAAAAUCCUCGUUGGACAUAUGAUCAUCCUGAAGUUGCUCAAUACACUGGUAAAGUGCCAGAACUUAGCUUGUUUGACGCCCAAUUCUUUAAAGUGCAUUACCGCCUAGGUAACAACAUGGAUCCUAUGGCAAGGAAAAUCUUGGAACAAGCGUAUCAAGCUAUAUAUGACGCAGGUAUUAGUCCGACAGAACUCAAUGGAAAGAAAAUUGGUGUUUAUAUCGGCAGUUGUUUCUCUGAAACGGAGAAGGCUUGUUUCUAUGUAGCUAGUACUAGGACCGGUUUUGGUAUUGCUGGAUGCAGUAAAACUAUGUUUGCGAACCGUAUAUCGUAUUGGUUGAACGCCAAAGGUCCAUCUAUGGCUAUAGACGCGGCCUGCAAUAGUUCCACGGGGGCACUCGAGCUGGCGUACCAGGCUAUCACACGCGGUGAAUGCGAAGCAGCUAUUGUAGGAGGAGCUAGUUUGUGUUUACAUCCCCAAUCUUCUGUUCACUACGGAAGAAUCAUGAAAUUGAGUAUGGACGGUAAAACUAAAUCUUUCGACAAUGAUCCUGCAGGUUGCGCUAAAUCUGAAGCUAUCAAUGUCCUUUUCUUGCAAAAAGCUAAGGAUGCUCGUAGAAUUUACGCUGAGGUAGUUCAUGUUAAAUCAGAAUUUAGAUCGAUACUGCAAGGCGAAAAAGGCCCGAGGUAUGGUUUCUACAGAAACCCCUCAGAUGUGGCUAGCUUCAUAAAGAACUUCUAUGAAGAAGCGAAGAUUAAGCCAGACGUUGUAGAAUACGUCGAGGCGUUUGGUUCAGCUGUCGCUGAAGCUGACAAAGCAGAAUUAGAAGCAAUCGAAGACGUAUACUGUAAAAACAGAACUGACCCGCUUCUGAUUGGAAGCGUUAUGUCCAAUAUCGGAUACGGAGAAGCUUCAUCGGGAAUAUCGGCUAUUACUAAGGUUCUUCUUGCGUACCAUACUGGCAAGAUAGCCGCUAAUCUGCAUUGUGAAGUGCCGCGACAGGAUGUGGCAGCUCUGCGCGAGGGACGCAUGCGCGUUGUGACUGACCAUCAGGAGUUCGGACGAAACUAUACCGCCGUUAAUGGAAUGUCUGUAUCUGGUGUCAACUCACAUGUUUUGCUGAACGGUCACUACAAGCCCAAGGAUCCUUCACGCUACAAGUCAAGCAUACCGCAGCUGGUCACAAUAUCGGGAAGACAAGAGUCGUCUGUAAAGAAAAUAUUUGAAAAUUUAAAAACUCGUCCCAUCGAUCCCGAAGAACUGGCUCUGUUCAGAAAUAUACACAAAACGAGCAUUUUUGGCCACAUGGGAAGAGGAUAUACGGUACUUGAUACAAACGAGAAAAAUGAAACAAUUAGUCUAUCCGAGAAAGCUGACUACUACGAUGACGUCAAACGUCCUCUAUGGUUCGUGUACAGCGGUAUGGGAUCGCAGUGGGCGGGUAUGGGUGCGCAGCUCAUGAGAAUACCGAUCUUUGCUGCUUCUAUUGAACGUUGUCGUCGAGUUCUGGAACCUAAAGGAAUCGAUAUAGUCCACAUUAUAACGUCGCCCGAUAAAACUAUAUUUGACAACAUUCUCAACUCGUUCGUUGGAAUCGCCGCAGUUCAGAUUGGUCUUACCGAUAUUCUCAGUGAAAUGGGAAUCUUCCCUGACAACAUUAUUGGUCACAGUGUCGGUGAAUUGGGGUGUGCAUAUGCAGAUGGUUGCUUCACAGCUGAAGAGAUGAUACUAUCUGCAUAUAGUCGAGGAUUGGUUUCCCUGCAAACUCCUUUCAUAAAAGGAUCAAUGGCAGCUGUGGGGGUUGGCUUCCAACAGAUAUCUAAGCUGUGUCCACCGGAGAUCGAAGUAGCGUGCCACAAUGGCCCCGAUUCGUGUACGAUCUCCGGACCAGCCGACAUUAUGAAAGAGUUCGUCGCCGACUUGACGUCGAAGCAGAUUUUCGCAAAGGAAGUGCCGUGCUCAAACAUUGCGUAUCACUCGCGUUAUAUUGCUGAAGCAGGUCCAGGUCUUCUGAAGUAUCUAACAGACGUGAUUAAAUCUCCAAAGCCCAGAAGCGAACGCUGGUUGUCGACAUCUGUUCCACAAGAAAGGUGGGGUGAGCCGUUGGCUAAGUAUUCCUCAGCAGAAUACCACACCAAUAACUUGCUGAACCCAGUCCUGUUUGAGGAGACUUCAGCUUUGAUUCCACCCAACGCUGUGUUAGUAGAAAUUGCUCCACACGGUCUUCUACAGGCGAUCCUUAAGCGAUCGCUGCCAGAAUCCUGCAAACACAUUCCACUCACGAGACGUGGACACCCAGACAAUGCAACAUUUUUCCUUGAAGCUAUUGGAAAACUGUAUAUGGAAGGAUAUAAUCCAAAAGUUGAAGCAAUUUAUCCUAAAAUCGAAUACCCUGUUUCAACUGGAACACCAAUGCUGUCUCACUUGGUAGAAUGGGCUCAUAAUGAACGAUGGAAUUUACCGCUUUACGUAUCUGCACAUAGAAAAACAGCAGCCGCUAGUAAAUUUAUAACAUCUACUCAGGACGAUAGCAGCGCCUAUUUGAAAGGACAUGUUAUAAGAGGUAAGAACAUAUAUCCGUUUGCGGCGGUAUUAGUGGCGGUGUGGGACACUUUAGCGAUGUCGUUGGGAGCCGAGAAGAAAACGAUAUCAGUGGUAUUCAAGGAAGUGCAACAACAUUCCCAACUAGUUCUUUACGACCAACGGCAGGUCACACUGAACGUGACUCUUCUUAGAGGCACCGGAAGAUUCGAAGUUUUGAGUAACAAAAUAAAAGUAGCAACGGGUUACAUAAAUGCAAAUAUAGAAAAUGAGGAGAAAAUGAUACACGCUACCAACGAAUCUGACGGAAGUAUGAUUUUAGAUUCAAAAGAUAUUUAUAAUCUUCUCAAUUCAAGAGAUUAUAAUUAUUCAGGCGAUUUCCGUUGUAUUUAUAACGCAAACCAAACUUUGGACGAAGCUAACAUUCUGUGGAAAAAUAACUGGGUUACUUUUAUCGACGGCUUGAUUCAACUAAACGUGCUCAGACGAAACUACGAAUCUGUUUCCCAACUGCACACGGUAAAAAAAAUUGUUAUCGAUCUCGACAAUCACUUAGAUCAUAUGAAAAUAUUAAAUGAUGGAACAACAGUCAUGAACGCAAUAGUUAGUGUAAAUCGCGAUAGAGUCAGUUGCGGAGGAGUUGACAUGUUUACUUUGAGAUUCUAUGAUCUACCAUCGGUAAACAGUAAUGUCGCACUUAAAACUGUGCAAUUUGUCCCUCAUUUAACUAAAGAUAAACUUGAUAAAACAUCCGCGCUCUACGUCAUUUUACAAGUAGUUGCUGAGAAUUUAAAAAAACAGGAAAUAAGUGUUGCCGAAAUCGUUGAUAAUAAAACUGAUAAAGCCAAAUAUUAUGAAUCAAAGAUGAAUAUCAAUGAUAUUCCCGGAAUACUUAUACAAUACUCAACUGUGUGCAGAGACGAAAUCUUAAAACAACGUGACUUUUUGAAAGAUGUCGAUGUGGUUUUGGUGAACAAUUUAUCAAAUAAUGAAAAUCUAGCGCAAGCUUUGCUUCAAGUAAGAAAGCGUAACUCUUUCUUAAUUAACAACGAGAACACUAAAGAAACUGCAAAAAGUCCGUCGUUUAUGUUGUACCGCACGGUAUGCGCUCACACAACAGGAUCAUUAUGUAUUGAACUGGCGUUGUGGCAUCCAACUAAAGUCCAGGGAAUUUGGAGUGGAGAAUAUUAUCUACCUGUAAUUGAAAGUCCAAUUAAAGGACGUGAAAUGUCUCUUGAAAUUAAGAAACCUGGUGAACUUGACACUUUGUACUGGGCGGAGGCAUCAGAACCAAGUAAUAGUGGCGUAAAAGUGAAGGUUCAUUACGCUGGAAUAAAUGACAUAGAGGUCAAGAAAAAGAGUGGUUUUAUGGCUUCAGAUGAGAACAAUGAAAAUACCCUCCUCGACUUCAGUGGAACUACUGAGAACGGAGAUCGGGUUAUGGGCAUUGUUUAUGACAAAUCAAUCAAAACAACCGUAAGAGCAAGCCCUGAUCUAUUGUGGCCAGUGCCUGAUCACUGGAGCCUUGAGGACGCUGCUACAGUACCCUUGGCGUAUUGUUUGGCAUUCUACUGUUUGGAAAUAAAGAGCACUUUUCUGAAAGGCGCAAAUAUACUCGUUCACGGUGGAGCCGGUGCCCUCGGUCAAGCAGUUAUAUCUAUCGCACUGGCACACGGUUGUCAAAUCUUCACAACGGUCAGCGACAUCAAGAAAAAACAAUUCUUGCUAAGAUUGUUCCCGGAUUUGAAAGAGGAAUACAUUGGAAACUCACGUGAUAUAACUUUUGCUGAUACUGUCCUAAGUGCCACUAAAGGUCGCGGUGUCAAUUUAACAAUAUGCUGUGUUCGAGGAGAAAUAAAAAACGCUACCCUCAGAUGUUGCAAUGUAUCCUCAAUUGUAAUUGAUACGACUGUUUUAUUAAAUCGCGAGGAAUACAACUUUGGAAUGAAGUACUUACUUCAAUCAAUAUCCUACACAUCUAUUGAUAUGAAUUCAAUUCUGGAGCAUCAUAAAAAGGGUGAAUUGAAAAAAUUGCAGGCCAUGUUGAGCGAAGGCAUAGCUCGCGGGUACGUGCGACCGCUGUCGCGCGUGACGUACAGCGCGCCGCUCGCGCCGCGCGCCUACCGCCUGCAGGCCGCCAGCCGGCACCGCGGCCGCGUGCUGCUCGACCUGCGGGGAGAGCCCGCCGCCGUGCACCCGCACCGGCACCGCGGCCGCGUGCUGCUCGACCUGCGGGGAGAGCCCGCCGCCGUGCACCCGCACCGGCACCGCGGCCGCGUGCUGCUCGACCUGCGGGGAGAGCCCGCCGCCGUGCACCCGCACCGGCACCGCGGCCGCGUGCUGCUCGACCUGCGGGGAGAGCCCGCCGCCGUGCACCCGCACCGGCACCGCGGCCGCGUGCUGCUCGACCUGCGGGGAGAGCCCGCCGCCGUGCACCCGCACCGGCACCGCGGCCGCGUGCUGCUCGACCUGCGGGGAGAGCCCGCCGCCGUGCACCCGCACCGGCACCGCGGCCGCGUGCUGCUCGACCUGCGGGGAGAGCCCGCCGCCGUGCACCCGCACCGGCACCGCGGCCGCGUGCUGCUCGACCUGCGGGGAGAGCCCGCCGCCGUGCACCCGCACCGGCACCGCGGCCGCGUGCUGCUCGACCUGCGAGGAGAGCCCGCCGCCGUGCACCCGCACCGGCACCGCGGCCGCGUGCUGCUCGACCUGCGGGGAGAGCCCGCCGCCGUGCACCCGCACCGGCACCGCGGCCGCGUGCUGCUCGACCUGCGGGGAGAGCCCGCCGCCGUGCACCCGCAAGUAAACUGCUCACCCGAUCUUCACCAAUUACUAUUCUUAGAGAACGAUGUAGUAGGAACCCAUCUGGCUGACAGAUUGAUAAAACGUGGAGCCAAGAAACUGAUUAUAGUUAGUUCCAAUCCAUCGGACUACCUUUCAUUUAACUUGAGCAAGUGGAAAACCCAAGGAAUAAAUGUCGAAUUUUUGAACAAGAACGUUUUAAAGGGAUCUCUUUCAACUAUUGUUGAGAAAAAUAAGUCUAUGAAUGGCAUUGAAGGUAUAUUUUACGUAGUUUCGCCGGAAGUGCAAGCUGCUAGUGCUACGAAGAAUUUGGAACAAUUAGUAUUGACGUCGCACAUGUCACAAUCAUCAUUAAAAUACUUCGCAAUAGUAAAUACUGGAAAUGAGGAUUGGAUAAAUGUGAUUGGGAAAAACUUGCAAGAAAACGUAACUUCGAUCAAGUUACCCAAUUUGAAAUUGAAUUCUGUUAAAGAAACUAAAGGAGCUAUUUCAGUACUCGAUGCAAUUGAUGCUAUUGAACAAGCGUUGUGUUCCAAAGAGCGUUUUGUAGUCGUACACUCGGUGGAACAGGUUACUCGUCCAUCUUUAGUAGAUGAAGUAGCUUCACUCGUAGGAAUACAAAUCACAAAGGAUACACCACGGGACGCUACGUUGAGAGAUUUAGGCGUCGAUGGCACUAAACUUGAAGUCUUACGAGUUCACUUGCGAGAUGUCUGGCUGACAUUGCUCAGUGAAGAGGAAAUAGAACUGGUGACUAUUUCAAACAUCAUCGAUUUAGGAGAAAGCUUGUCAGAAAAGGUCUUCACAGAGCCCAAAGGCUUGGAGACAUUUAUUUCCUACAUCGAUUGUGAUGAGCUUCUAGCUACGACUGAGAUGGUCUUUUUACCGACACUCACAAGCAAUUCUAAUAAGCGCGACGACGAAUUCGACGUAAACCAAACGUACCUGUGCGUGGUCCCGGGCGCGGACGGGCACCACGCGCGCUUCCGCACGCUGUGCGAGCGCUCCAAGCUGCCCGCACUCGUCAUGCAGCCCGGCCUGGACGACCCGCACGAGACCAUACAGGACAUAGCUGACCGAUUCGCAAAGACCCUCCUAAAGAAAACAAGAGUACCGAAUGGAUUUUAUUUAUUGGGUUACGAAAGCGGCGUAAUGGUGGCUUUAAAAAUGGCUGAAAUCUUUGAAGACCAAGGAUUAACUGGUACCGUUUACUGUCUCGGCGGCACCCCGAAUGAGAUACAGGAGGUUUUCGAAGAAAACCUUAAAGAUUACAAAACGGACGACGAGCUUCAGGACGCUGUCAUUCGUCACAUGUACACUUUGUUGACAAACGAUGAAGAUACAGAGAAGUUGGACAGUGUACUGUCUAACCAAGUGACAUGGAACGAAAAGGUUACCGCUUGUGUUAAUUUGAUAUCAGGUCAAGUAGUUCAUUCAAAUCAAUACACUGAGGAGCUCAUCAAAGCAGCUUGCGGAAGGAUUUUGCAAGUACGUCGUUGUAAUUACGAGCCUCGACAACUUCGUUCUCAAGUGAUAUUUAUACGUCCUCGAUCGAGCAAGAUUUGUAAGACCUCAAACCUACAACAAUACUCUUUGAAGCCUGUUAUAGAAUACGAAUUACAAGCUCCAUUCGCCUCCGCUACCGAAGAUCUAAGUUGCAGUAACAUUGUCAAUCGCCACCUAGAUCCCGCGAUCUUGGCAGAGUUUGAAAAGAAGAACCUUUGUGAGACAUACAUCCUUAACGCCGACUCAUUCAUGACUUCGGCUUCGGAGAUAGCAACCUAGGCACUAGACUGUUUUAUUUUGCUUCUGGAAUAGGUGUUCCUUUUUUUUUCAAUAAAUAUUGAUUUAAAUUAAA